AUGGAUAAAAGUUGGAUCGAUCUACCCACUGGUCAUCAUGAAUAUAUCGACGGUUGUAUGGAAUUUAUUGAGUUUGCCAAGCAAGAUCUAGUCGAAGGAAAAAUUAGAUGUCCAUGUAAGAACUGUAAGGUAGAGAAAUGGUUCUCCGUAAAUGAAGUGGAGAGGCAUAUUUUGUUCAAGGGAUUUUAUAAGCCAUAUGAGGAUUGGAUUUUUCAUGGUAAAGGGGAUACGUUUCAGCGUAUGUUUGAGAGUGAUGGAGGGAUUACUAGUGAAGGAUCCCUUGAUAACCAAAGUGGGUUUGUAGGUCGAGAUAAUAUGGGAGGGCUAUUAAGAUCAGCAUUUAGUGUUAAUAUGCCUCCCAAUUGCCCAAAUUUAGAAGCACGAGAGGAUGAUGAAUGGAUUGAGGAGCCCUUGGCCUAUGACACAGAUGUAGAAUAUGAUUAUUCUACAAUAGAAGAAGAUGUGACAUAUAAGAAGUUGCUUGAAGCUUCUGAGGAGAAAUUGUACGAGGGGUGUAUCAAUUUUUCAAAGUUAUCUUUUCUGUUACACUUGUUUCACUUGAAGUGUAUGAAUCACUGGUCCAUAGAAUCUUUCAAUAUGUUGUUGAAGCUAAUUCUAGAUGCAUUUCCUCAAAUACUUGAUUUUCCCUCUUCUUAUUAUUACAGUAAGAAAAUGAUAAAAGACUUGGGCCUUGGGUAUGAAAAGAUUGAUGCUUGUCCGAAUAAUUGCAUGUUGUAUUGGGGUGAAUUUUUAAAGAAAGACAAGUGUCAUGUUUGUGGUACAUCGAGGUGGAAGAAAACUAAGGAUAGGGGCAACGUUGUAAGUGAUCAAGGUACGGAUACUUGUAAGAAAGGUGUGCCAGCUAAGGUAAUGCGAUAUUUCCCUCUUAUACCGAGACUAAAAAGAAUCUACAUGUCAUCAUCAACAGCAGAAGAUAUGAGAUGGCAUGAUACAGAGCGAUUGGGUGAAGAUGAUAAGAAGAUUUUAAGGCAUCCUUCAGAUGGCUUAGCAUGGAAGGCAUUUGAUGAGCGUCACAGUGAUUUUGCAUUAGACCCUCGUAGUGUUCGAUUAGGUCUUGCGAGUGAUGGUUUUAAUCCUUACCGUUUAAUGAACACCACUUAUAGUACGUGGCCAGUGAUGUUGAUUCCUUAUAAUCUUCCACCAUGGUUAUGUAUGAAACCGUCUUCUUUCAUUCUGUCCACGCUUAUUCCUGGAAAAUCAGGUCCCGGAAAUGAUAUUGACGUGUAUCUGCAGCCAUUAGUGCAUGAAUUGAAAUUGCUGUGGACAGGGGUUGAAGCUUUUGAUGCUUUUGCCGGAGAGAAAUUUAAUUUGCGUGCGGCUUUGCUUUGGACUAUGAAUGACUUUCCCGGCUAUGCAAUGCUCUCUGGUUUGAGCACAAAAGGUUACAAUGCAUGUCCUAUAUGCUUAGAUUCCACGCCUUCUGAUAGAUUUGGGAGCAAGAUUUGCUAUUGUAGCUAUAGAAAAUGGUUACCUGCAGAUCACCCAUAUCGAUGUCAAGGUGACAAGUUUUGUGAGAAGUUUGGAACUAAUGAGUGGGGUAAAGCCCCAUCUCGUCCUAGCGGCACUGAUAUAUUGAGGCAGCAAGAAAAGGUGAAGCAUGUUUACGGAAAGUCGAAGGCACCACCGAAAAAGAGGCAAAGAGGACACGAUGAUGACGAUGAUGUCCAAGAUGAAAGUGACUUUGGUACCAAGAGAAGCAUAUUCUUUGAUUUGGUGUAUUGGGAGCAUAAUCUUCUAAGGCAUAAUUUAGAUGUGAUGCACAUUGAGAAAAACGUGUCUGAGAAUAUUUUGGGAACUCUUCUUAGCAUGGAUAAGAGUAGAGAUAGUAGGAAUGAUCGAGAAGCCCUUGAAGCAUGGAGAAUAAAGUCUCACCUUUGGCUGAGUACUAAUCCUAACGGAGGUGAAUGCAUGCCUCCGGCUUCCUAUUCUAUGUCUACGGAGGAGAAGGAGAGGUUCCUAAAUGUUUUGCAGAAAAUUAAAGUUCCUGAUGGAUAUGGAUCCAACCUUUCUAGUUGUGUGAAUAUGAAGCAAAGGAAGUUGAUUAACCUCAAAAGUCAUGACAACCAUGUUCUAAUGCAGGAUAUCCUUCCCGUUGCCUUAAGGGCCUCGAAAGCUACAAAAGUAAUUGACUUGUUGGCUAGAUUGUCUUCCUUUUUCAAGAAGUUGUGCUCUACAACUAUUGAUCCAGAUGAUUUAGAUGGUCUUCAAAAUGAAAUUAUUUUAACUCUUUGUGAGUUGGAAAAGGAGUUUCUGCCUUCAUUUUUCACAAUCAUGGUCCAUUUGUUGAUUCACUUAGUGGAGGAGGUUAAACUUGGUGGACCAGUGCAAUACAGAUGGAUGUAUCCCAUUGAAAGAAGGCUUCCUUUUAGAGGAGACAAUUAG